AUGGCAUCUAUAAAUUUCGAUGUUUGUUUUGGUCCAUCUUUACUUCAACCAGAAUUUGAAGCAGUUUCAUUUAUUUAUGAUAUUAAAUUUUGUAAUGCUAUUGUAGAAUUAAUUAGUAUACAUUAUGAAAAAAUGUUUAAAUCAAAAUUUGAACAACAAGAUAUUGAUGAAAUGGUUAGUUCAAAUGACAAUGAUCAAUCUGCUGUUGUUUAUUUAAGCAACUCUUUAUCAUCAUUAGCUUCGAUUACAAGACGAGCAUCACCAACAAGUGAUAUGAUUGAAACAACAGCUGAUGGACGUCGAAGAGAUGGUUUAUAUAAUCCUGAUUAUUAUAUAAAUGAAACAAAUAAACAUUUAUUUCCUCCAAUUUCCGAGGAUAAUCUUAGAAAAGAAUGCUAG